UUGGUUCUGCGUGUGGUUCUGCGAUUUUCGGAGACUUCAAUUUUCACGUGGUUUUUCUAAUCUCGUCAUGUUUUGUUCAAUUUAUUUGUGAUACUGAAUUAAAAUAACAGCGAUGCAUCGUCUAAUAUCGGCUAGAAACUUAUAUCAGACUUCUUUCCACGGUUUAUCAUUACCAGCAAAUGGUACAGUAAGAAACUCAUCACUUGCCGAUAUAAAAUGUUUGUAUUGCAGGAAGAUUCUUUUGGGUCAGCACGACAUAGAGAACUUACUUUCUGUACGACAUCAAUCUACGAGAACGGCUAGUCUUCUUCGAUCGCUUCGGAAAAAAUCCAAGCACAAAAAUUUUAAGCAAUAUGGCGAACUUCUUGAAGUGGGUGAAAAAGCCAUGACUGAAACCAAGGUGUCCAUUAGUAAAUUACGUCCAGCACAUUUGUCUAAACUUGCCUCUAGUUCUGUGUCUCUGGGACAGCUGCAUCAACUCACAACUAAAUCAUCCAAAAAACCUAUCAUCACAGAAGUGGACAAGGAACUACUGCAGAGUGUUAGAGAUAAAAUAUUGAAGAAAACAAAACCUGUUGCUUCUAAAAAUACAACAGAAGAUGAUAACUGUGCCCUAGUGUACACUAACUGCCAAAUAACAGGCUUAGAAGACAGAUUUAAAACCAAACAGUACAUAGACAUGGUGAAGGAGAGCUACUACAAUUUUAGAAAAGCCACAAUUUAUGAUCAGAGGUUAAAAGACCUUAGAUAUGCCAUCAAUGAAGGCCUGAAUCAAGAAUUUGAUUUAGAGGGUUCAAAAAGUAAUCCAAAUGAUAGUAUAGAAGCAACAUUGCCAAAAAGUCCUCAUGCAGUAUUCAGAGAACUAUUUGUAGACAACCAAUUAGAUAGUUACGAUCAAGAACUAAUGGUGCACAUAUCAAAUUUGCAAUCCAGAGGUCUUGCUCAUCCUGCCAUAGAAGAUUUGAUUGAUGAUGAUUCAGCAAUGCAUAAUGAAAUUGGUGAUUUGAGAGAUGAACUAGAUAUUGAUCAUGUUGAUCAAACAAUAGAGACACCAGAAGUUAAGGGUCUGAAGAUUAAAAAAGCCACUCAAGCGCUGAAACAAAAGAAAAAAGCGCAACGCGAGAAGCGACGCGCGGCGCAAGAGACGAAUAUGAAGCAAGACAUCAAGCAGUUGGAGCGCCGCGGCAAGCAGGAAGCGCUGCACAACCUGCUCACUGCUCAUCUACACCUGCUCUGCUCACUACACAUGCUUCAGGAGGCCCGCCAAGUGUUGCGAUAUUACAGGCAAAGGAGUUCCAGGGGCCAAGAAAAUCCUAAAAUCACAGAUGUUAAAGUAUACAACACUCUUUUACAUGGAUAUGCGUCAUUGGGGCAGAUAGAAAACGCCAAAGAAUUACUAUCAAAAAUGACAGAAGAUAAGAUUGAAAUAAAUCACCAAACCUAUGCAGCCCUAUUUGAGUGCAUAGAAAGGAGUGGAAUGCGAGAUAAAAAUACUUUAUUAGAACACUAUCACAAGCAAAUGCAGGAAAAGGGCAUGACUUUAAAUGAUUUGCUGGACAAAUCCAAGUUCCUUUACGACCAACGCGAGGUUGUUCUGGCAGCCGUGCGCCGAUUAGACCCAGGCUUUGUGCCACAAUACACUCCUCCUGUACUCGACUACAACUGUCCCUUACUCGAAGAGAUCAAACUGGACCAUGUUGAAGAAAGACUGGGCCUCCUAAAGUCCCCUGCUGAAGGACUUCUGUGUGUGGAAGAAGUUAUACAGAAAGGCAAAGAACAGAUGCAAGUGGAAAUAAAAGGGGACAUAGAAGUUAGUAAUAUUGAUAUCAAAGAUGAAGCGUCGCCGCAUGUGAAGUUAUGUAGGGAAAAACUUCAAGAAACUGAAAACGAGUGGCGCAUUGUGAUAAAAGAGGCAUUCCUGAGGAACCUCGGUACACUCAAAUCACAGAGCAACGCCUCGCAUUCCGCCAUCACUCUUUACCCGUACUUGAAAGUGUUGGAGGUGGAUCAAUUCGUAGAUUUAAUAAUGGGCGAGAUCAGUAAACUAGUCGACGGGAGCGAAACAUACAGUCCGACUCUCAAACUGUUGCAGAGAGAUCUAGGCACACAAGUCUUUCACAAAUACCAAAUCGAGCAGUACCGCAAGAAUGGCGUGUUAAAUAAAAUCGAGGAGAUAUAUGAAAAAUACUGCGAGUGGUACGUGGGCAGGGCUCCUGUAGACGAGUCAGGGCUGCCGUACAAUGGGAGGCAGGCGUGGCAGGCGCUGGUACACCGGUAUAGAGAUGGCGCCAGUCUGGACAGUGAGGAAAGGCCGUGGCCUAUGGAAAUGAGACAGAACAUCGGAAAGUUCCUAUACAACAUCAUCAUUAAUGACAUCAAGAUUGACGUGAACAUGUUCAAAACGAAGGCGAAACCGAAAAAACUACCAGCGGUAUACAAAGUCCACCGGCCGUGGGGGCGGCAAGUGCGCCUAGAACUGAAACCGCACCCCGCCCUAGCGCGCGCCUGGGCGGCGGCCGCCCGCCCACAUCUUCGCAUGCGAGCUGCACUCGCGCCUACUGCUGCGCCGCCCGUGCCCUGGCACUCAUUGGCGGCCGGCGCUUAUCUCGUCACGCCUACGCCGCUGAUAAGAAUGCCAUUCAACGUGUGCACUCAGUGGAAGCGUCUAGAAGAGGCGCCUCAAGAGUCUCUGUACCCGGUGCUGGACAGCCUAAACCAGCUUGGUGAGGUGCCCUGGGUUAUCAACAAGCCUAUUCUUGACUUGCAGCUGAAAGUAUUCAGGUCUGGUGGCAACAAGAAACUGGACAUUCCCCCUCCCGCGGCCUCCCUAGACACGUCUCAGUUCGGCAACGCGACGGAUUCAAGCAGCGUGUUCAAGCGGCGCGUGGCCAUCAACCGCGCGCGCGCCGAGAUGCACUCGCUGUGGUGUGAUUCACUUUACAAACUGUCGCUGGCUAAUCACUUUAGAGAUUCUAUAUUCUGGCUGCCUCACAACAUGGACUUCCGCGGGCGAGUCUACGCGUGCCCGCCGCACGUAUCCGUGCUAGGAGCCGAUAGUGCGCGCGCUCUAUUGAAGUUCGCGCGUCGCCAACCACUGGGCCCGCGAGGACUGCGCUGGCUAAAGUUACACGCCAUCAAUCUAACGGGCGAAUUCAAGAGGCACACGAUACAGGAGCGGUUGGACCACGCGGAUCAAAUAAUGGAGCAAAUCCUAGACUCUGCCGACCGGCCUCUGGAUGGACAAGGCUGGUGGAAGAAGUCUGAGGAGCCGUGGCAGACUCUCGCUUGUUGUAUGGAGAUCGCUAACGCUGUACGCUCACCAAACCCAGAAGAAUACAUGUGCGGGUUCCCCGUGCACCAAGACGGGUCCUGCAACGGUCUACAACACUACGCGGCUUUGGGCGGGGACGCGGCCGGCGCCGCCGCCGUCAACCUCGCGCCGCACCCGCGACCGCAAGACGUGUACAGCGCCGUCGCCGCGCUGGUGGAAGAAAUGAGAAAGCGCGACGCGGCGGCUGGUGUGCCAGCAGCCAUCUUACUCGAGAACUUCGUGCGGCGCAAGGUUAUCAAGCAGACCGUCAUGACUACUGUGUAUGGAGUCACGAAGUUCGGCGCGAGGCUGCAGAUCGCUAAGCAGUUGAAAGACAUCGAGGAGUUCCCCAAGGAGCACGUGUGGGCGUGCUCGCAGUACCUGACGGCGCGCACCUUCGACUCGCUGCAGGAAAUGUUCACCUCCACCAAGCUCAUCCAGGACUGGUUCACGGACUGUGCCAAGCUGAUCUCCGGCGUUUGCGGCGAGAGCGUGGAGUGGGUGACGCCGCUGGGACUGCCGGUGGUGCAGCCGUACUACCGUCGGGCGCCGCCCUCCGCCGCGCAGUACCGCGCACCGCUUGAUCGCCAACAACGCCCAUGCACAAUGAAGCAACGAAACGCGUUCCCACCAAACUUCAUCCACUCGCUGGACUCGUCGCACAUGAUGCUGACGGGGCUGCGCUGCCAGGCGCGCGCGCUGGCCUUCGUGUCCGUCCACGACUGCUUCUGGACGCACCCCGGCGGCGUGGACGCCAUGAACCAGAUUUGCCGCAAAGAGUUCGUCGCUCUUCACUCGCAGCCGAUCUUGGAAGACUUGUCCGAAUUCAUGGUGAAGCGAUACAGCUAUGAUGAAAGCGAACUGGAAGAGCGAACUAUGGGUGCCGCGAACAAAAAGCGCGUGAACAGUUUACUGCAGAAAGUCCCUGGCAAAGGAUCCUUCGACCUUAACAGCGUGCUUCGCUCCGUGUAUUUCUUCAGCUAGGCGGUUGGUCUCUUGCUUUGUACGGGGACAGUAUAGAUAGACGAUUGCGGGCGUACGCGUCUCUUCCUUUAGAAAACAGUCGUUGGCUUCAUCAAGUUCGUGGCGACAUUUUUUAUAGUAAGCGCGUGUAAAUAAGUAUGUAUACUCAUCACGAUAACGUAAAGCGUGUUUUCAGAUUAUGGUGCCAUACUGAACACGAUUAUUCAAAGUUUGAGUGCCUUGAUUUGAGUGUGUCACGUAUAUGAAUAAAGUUACAGCUUGGACUUGAUCACUCUC